AUGAACUUCCUUUUUGUUUUGAUAAUUUUCAUAGCUCUAUUUCCGUCGCGUACGAAUUCUAUUCGCUGUUAUAAAUGCGAUGCUACAAACGAAUGCAGAACAAUAAAGAGUGGCUCAUCAUUCAAAAACUAUGAUUAUUUAUCUGAUAACGUGGAAAUAAUAGAUUGUGAAUAUUAUUGUUGGAAAUCAGUUUCACUCGGAAAUGUAUAUCGAGGUUGUGCAAAAAAACGUUGUUCAGUUUCGCAUACAAUUGGAGAAUUUUCAAGUAGUGUCUGUUGUCAAGCCGAUUAUUGCAAUGCAUCUAGAAGAGUUUUCUUAUCGAAAUUGCUUUUUAUAACAUUGAUUUUAUCAAAUUUAUUUCGUUAG